AUGGGGUCGAGCGCGAAGAAGAAGAAAGAAAAGAAGAAAGACUUCCAGAAACAGAAGCUGAAAGUGGGCAAGGCGAAGCCCAAGGCUGACAACCAUACCGACACCAGCUUUCGAUCCAAAGCUAUCGUGCUAAACCAGCAGCUAGAGAUCGACGCCCCCUCUCAGUCGACCAUAUUUCUGCAUCAAGUCUCUCUCCUCAAUUCCCGGUCCGAUUCUCAAAAACGAGACUCGCUCUCAUAUCUGACUACUUACCUUGGAUCUACCACGCCAGGGAGCGCUCUCCCAACAACCAUCGACUCCCUUCUGAGUAACCUAUGUCCUCUGAUACUCGAUGGCUCUGCUGGAGUUCGAAAUCAGCUCCUGAAACUGUUCCAAGUGUUACCCAAAGAAGUCAUUCGCGACCAUGUCGCCAAAAUUCUACCCUAUAUGCGUGCGGGAAUGACACAUCUAUCCCGAGAUAUCCGAGUCUCAGCGAUUGAUUUCCUAUCCUUCCUCGUCAAAAUUGCUGGUAGUGAAUUGGUCUCAUGCCCUGGUGGCUGGCGCCAGACUUUGGAGUGCUUUACUACAGUUUUGGGUUGGAGAUCAGCCGAUGCCAGCACAUGGUCCUCCAGCAGGGCUUCCUUUGGUGGUGACAUCAAAUCUACAGCCCGAAUCAUGCAAGUGCUCUCCGAGUUCUUGCAAGUAGGCCUGUCCAACGAUCAAGCCUCGCUGUUUGGAAAAGAUACCCUGGCCAUGGAUUUUCCACUGUGGCAGACAGACGCACUUCUCAUGCCCACCAAAUCAAAUGCCUACGCUUACUUGAACUUUUUUGGAUCUCAAAUCGACGAUGAAAAUCAGAUUCUCGAUGAUCGAGAAGAGAGAUUCCGUGUUUUUGAAAAAAGCUUUCAACCCGUUGUCAUGGCUGGCAUUAAUGCCGCCAGGAAAGAAGGCGGCGAACUUGGACGUGCAUCGAGUUUCCUGAUCAAAACACUUAAGCGAGAACGAAAUAUUUGA